CGAUUCAAUCCCUGUCUUCGCGUGGGACACUCUCGGCGCAAUAUCACCCCGUGCACACCCAUCCAGCCGAUGUGAAUCUAACCGUGAUCGAGUACAUUGAUCGCUACACCGCCACCAUUGCCGAGGGUUUGUAUCGGUCGGUCGAGACACUCAUGUCGUUCUACAGCUCCAAGAACAUUCAUGUCUUCAAAGAUGCCAUCAGUAUUCCAGGGCUGGUCGAGCAAUAUCUCUUCCGACCGCUGCGCGACGACAUUCAUGCAUCGUUCAUGCUCAUAAGUGAUCAGGCGCUUUACACCGAGCUUCGCGACUCUGUAGUCGGGGGGCCGAGCCUGGUGUUCAACGAAUUUGCCAGGGCCGGCGAAACACUGAUCCAUGGCAACCCAGAUCGCAUUUGCCAGCGGGUUAUCGGCAUGGACGAAGCAUUCUUUGGAUUUGCCAAAGUCGACAUUCACGUUCCCGAUUCGCUUCGGAACCACUUCAGCCACUUUCCACCCAUCUUUAUCAAGGAUGCAGAGGAGGGCAAGAUCAAAUCCGUUAUGGAUGCGAAGGAAAUCAUUCUUUUCUCGCCUCUGCUCAGAUGGUAUCUCGAGCACGGUCUCGUGAUUACUAAUAUCCACAGACUCGUAUCGUUCGAGCCCAACCGAUGUUUUCAGUCGUUCGUUGACGAAGUGACUGAGGCUCGCCAGCAAGGAGGAGACUCGAUUCUGGCGGAUACGAUGAAGCUCUUUGGGAAUUCGGCAUAUGGUCGAUCGCUUAUGAAGCGCGAGGAUUUCUCUCGGGUCAGGGUUGUCGAAGCACCACAUCUCCAGAAGCAUGUGAUGGAGCCGAGCUAUGUCGAGGCACACCCUCUCGGUAACGAUUUAUACGAAGUGACCAGGCGAUGUACAAGGAUCGUUCAUCAUUCUCCGAUCCAGAUUGGAUUGGCCGUAUACAGCUACGCCAAGCUGCGCAUGCUGCAGUUUUACUAUGAUUUCUUGUGUCAAGUGACGACACAGGAUCGAUUCAUGCCGAUGCACAUGGAUACGGACUCGUUGUACAUGGCGAUCACGGGGGAUCGGCUGGAAGAUAUUGUCACAUGCCAUCCAUUUCGGUACGAGCAGCUAGCCAAGCAAUUUCUCUCGCGAGAUCCAUCAACUCGACGAACACCUGGUCUUUUCAAGCCCAAGCUCUAUUCGGCAUUCGAUAGCGAAACUCAGAAGCAUAAAAUGUCGUCGAAGGGUGUGUGUAAGGAACAGGUUGUUAUAGGACACAAGCGAGUCCUAGAGCUGAUGAACGAUCAAGAGGUGUGGACGAUCAGGCAGGACUCGGUGCGCUUGAAUGCGGCUGGGGAAUUAUUCACAGUUAGACAGAGCAAGAGGGCUUGGCAGAAGGGCGUGUGAGAGAAGUUGAGUCAUGUACUUUUUUUCGAGACUGAAUGACAAUACAAUAUUUUUGCCCAUG